AUGUUGUAUAAUAGCAAACUUGUAAGACAUUGCCAUAACUCAAUCUUCAGGCGAAACGUAGCUACGUUACCCAAAUAUGAUUUUACACCAAAACCAUAUACGGGCCCAUCACUACAAAGAACUGAUGAAAUAAAAGCGAAUCACAUCCCUCCCGCAGUGCACAAUAUAUAUAGGAAGCCAUUGGUGCUGCAUCAGGGUCGUAUGCAGUGGUUGUUUGACCACGAAGGUCGGCGAUAUUUGGAUCUUUUCGGAGGAAUUGUUACAGUUUCCGUUGGACAUUGCCACCCAAAAGUUACCGCUGCUUUACACGAACAAAUUAACACAUUGUGGCACACAACGAAUAUAUACAGACAUCCAAAAAUAUAUGAAUACGUGGAAAAACUUAUUUCUAAAUUCCCAGGAGACUUAAAGACAGUGUACUUAGUAAAUAGUGGAACGGAAGCCAAUGAUCUGGCGAUUUUAUUGGCGCGUGCGUUCACCGGCCAUGAGGACGUCAUUUCCCUCCAAAGCUGUUACCACGGCUACUCCAGCACGAUAAUGGCGCUCACAGCUACACAGGCUUACCGCAUGCCGCUCUCCGUACCGGCUGGUUUUCAUCAUGCUUUAUUGCCGGACCCGUACCGAGGUAUCUGGGGCGGAUGCAGGGACUCCUUGUCACAAGUGGCUGGCUCAUGUUCGUGUAUCGGUGACUGUGUGACGUCACAGAAAUAUGUACACCAACUAUCUGAGCUUAUAGAUAAUUCAAUACCAGCGGGUCGCGUGGCCGCGUUGUUUGCGGAGUCCGUGCAGGGCGUUAAUGGGACCGUACAGUUCACGCGAGGCUACCUCAAACAAGCCGCUGAGCUGAUUAGAAGCAAGGGAGGCCUAUUUGUCGCUGAUGAGGUACAAACAGGUUUCGGUAGGACCGGGGAUGCGUUUUGGGGAUUUGAAAAUCACGAUGUAGUUCCCGAUAUAGUCACCAUGGCGAAAGGAAUUGGUAAUGGAUUCCCGAUGGCAGCAGUCGUUACUAGGAAAGAGAUUGCUGAAGCUCACACGAGAGCUGCCUAUUUUAAUACGUUUGGGGGAAAUCCAAUGGCGGCUACAGUUGGAAAGGCCGUGUUGGAGGUAAUCGAAGAAGAAAAUCUUCAACAAAACUGUAAAGAUACAGGAAAAUAUUUUAUCGAACAGCUAAUGCAAUUACAAAAGCAACAUGCUGUGAUAGGUGAUGUCCGCGGUAAGGGGCUCAUGUUAGGAAUAGAAUUGGUUGAACCUGGCACUAAGAAACCGUUAGACAAAAAUAAUGUAAGCGACAUCAUGGAAUGCAUAAAGGACUUGGGAGUUUUGAUCGGACGGGGCGGGCGUUGGAGUAAUUAUACUUCUAAAGUCUUGAAGUGUGAGAAAACAAAAGAACCGAUUGUUGAAUAUGGAAAAGUUUCAAAAUUUGAUGGAUAUCAAAUUACAUUGGAGAAUACAAUACUAUUUCCAGCAGGAGGCGGCCAGCCUCAUGAUAAGGGGUGGUUGAAUGACACAGAAGUGCUCCAAGUGUUACGUAAAGGUGAUGAAGCUCUUCACUUCACACUCGAACCUAUAAUUGAAGGAUCGGAGGUAGUACAGAGGAUUGAUUGGCAAAGAAGAUUUGAUCAUAUGCAGCAACAUACAGGACAGCAUCUCUUAUCAGCGAUUCUUGAGAAAGAACACAAUCUACCGACAACAAGCUGGUGGUUGGGAGCCGAGGAAUGUUUUGUGGAACUCGAUUCAACUACUGUCAAAUAUGAAGACAUAAAAACGGCAGAAGAAAGAUGUAACAAACUUAUUAGUGAAGGAAUUUCUGUUAAUGUAAAAUUUUUCAAAGCGAAUGAUCCCGCUUUAAAUGAGGCACACACACGAGGUCUACCUAAAGAUUGCAUCGACACCAUUAGAGUCAUAUGUAUCGGAGAUAUUGAUGAAAACAUGUGCUGUGGGACACAUGUUACUAAUUUAAGCCAGCUCCAGAUGAUAAAAUUCUUAGGCAUGGAACCAGGAAAAAAAGGAAAGACGAAUCUAAGAUUUAUUGUAGGCAAUAGAGUUCUUAAGACAUUCCAGAAAAUGUUAGAUAGAGAAAAAGCUCUGACAGCACUACUAAAAAAUGAACCCAGCAAACAUGAAGAGCUUGUAUCAAAAAUGCAGAAAAACUUGAAAUUAAUUAAUAAGAAUCUACAAAAUGUAUUGGCGGAAUUAGCACAGUGUGAAAUUGAUAAAAUAAGGAACAGUGAACCCAAGCCAAAGUAUUUCUGUUUGUUCAAAAAAGAGAGUACACCAGAAUUUAAUAGAAUUAUAUGUAAGGGUCUUGAAACAGAAAAUAUAUUUAUAUUAUUAGCAUCUGAAGACCCUGACAAGGCGAAGGAGGGGCAAAUAUAUUUACAAGGUCCAGAAAUACAUUGUAAUGCUUUGGGACAACAGUAA